AUGGAAGAUACGUCUAAUAUUGAGAAAUUGAUUCCUGCCAUGUUUGAUCAGAUGAGAUCGAACUUGGGGAGUUCAAAAAAUAGUGCUGGACAGCCUGUUGUUACUACUCAGUCUUUAUUGAAAGAGCUUGAAGUACUGGAUAAGUUGGUGCCACUGAUUGAGCAUAUAGAUGUCAAUUUGAGGAAUGCAUUGCCUAGUCAUUUAGAGAAGAUUCAAGAGACUUGUAAGUCGACGAAUAUGAUAUUGGAUUCUUGGAUCAAUAUACAUUCUCAAGCAGGUUAUGUCCAUAAGCUUAUGGAUACCUCCCAAGGUCUGGGUUUGGAUUUGGAAGGGAAGAGUGUGAAUGAGAGGUUGUUGCAAGAGACAAAAGAGGUUGAAGAAUUGAAAAAGCAAUUGAUCUUGGAAGAACAGAAACAAAAUGAAAAGACAAUGGGCCACACAGGGAGGAAUGGAGCUCCUAUCUCUGGAAGAAGGGUUCCUCCUUCUUCGAGGUACGGCAGGCCGCCUUAUAGGAGUGCUCAAAGUAACUCCAGGUUGAACCCUAGAGCUACUGGGAUUCCAAAUAUUAGCAGUAGGAUAACGAAACCCACUGCAAGUAGUUCAAGAAAGAUGUUUAGGUGA